AUAUUUACUUCUUGAACUUAAUCUAUAAUUUGUUUUCAAAUAUAUUUUCAGUUGUUAACCAAAAAUAUACAGUACAAGUGCAUGAUGAAUAUGUGAUGGCUGGCAAUACGGCGGUUCUGAAAUGUCAAGUACCAAGUUAUAUGUCAGAAUUCGUUAUGGUCACAGCAUGGGUGCAGGAUACGGGAAUGCAUUUGUAUCCAAAUACCGACAUUGGUGGCAAAUAUACGAUACUGUCGAAUGGAGAAUUGUAUAUAAAUAAUGCAGGACCAAAUGAUGCAUAUAAAAGUUAUACAUGUCGAACAGUAAAUCGUUUAACAGGUAAGAUAAUAUUUUUUUUGGAACAACUAAAUACAAUUCUUAUUCAGUUUUAG